GCAUUCGGUCUCACGCUGCUGCUGCUGCUGCUGCCGCCACUUCGGCAUCUGCCUAUGCAGCCAUCCGUGCACCCAGACAAACACAGAGGCAGAGAGAGUGUACGGGUAGCUCUGGAAACGUCUGUAGCUGCAGAAGGCUGCAGAGCAUUUCCGUGCAGCAGACGCAAAGGAGAGAGAGGCUGCUUCCCAAACGGGGGAGCGUUAUGAAACACGAGUGUGCCGGCUGAGGAGUCGGGCAGAGCAGCGCCAGGGCUGCUGCCACGCCGGGGGCUGGCGCAGAGGCCAUGGAGCAGUCCUCCCCCCACAGCCCUUGCCCGGCGCAGGACCCCAGAGCGCCGGCCCGGUGAUCCUCAGGGACCCCGCCGAUCCGCAGGGCCCCCGGUGAUCUGCAGGGACCCCGAAGAGGCGGCGGCGAGCAGGGAGUGUGUGCGGUCGGCGAGUUGGGUGUGCUGGACACCGAGAUAAACAUCUGGAGGCACCCAGCAGACAGCGGCAGAGCUCCGAGGGGUGCUCGGGAGGAUUACGGAUCUGGAGGCGGGAGGAGGAUUAGUGGGGAGGGCAGAGGGAGCAGGAUUUAUCAGCUUUUCAGAUAUGCAUUACAGCUUUUUAUAACAUUUCACUGGAUCGUCUAGGACUUUGCCUGGCUACAUCAGUACUCCCUCGACCAUAAAAGAAAGGUUUCAGCUCUGGCUGUAGGGCAGCACAGGAGCAUGGCAGCACUGCAUGGGUGUGCGGAGCCCCAGGGCCAGCCAGGUGCCUGAAACCAGCAGCAGUGCCACACCAGGCUGCUCCAUCCGGGGAGGGCUUUUCAUUGGGAGGAGGCACUGAAGUGAUGGGCUGAACGUAUGGGAGGAACCAGCACCCGGCCAGGCAGAGAUUCAGGGGCCUGUCUGGAGGCGUGAAGGGCCCACUUCCAGUAAGGGCAUGGCCAAAGCGUUCUUCAGGCUACAGAAGGUUCUCCGUCGGACCCAAUUUCUGCUCUUCUUCCUCACAGCAGCUUACCUGAUGGCCGGCAGCCUCCUGCUGCUACAGCGGACCCGCCUGGUUAUCCAGCAAGGUUCACGUGGGACCUCUGCUAAUCAAGCCCUGCCAGUGUCAGAUGGGAUGGCCAGGGGUGGGAUUGUAGAUCCCAGGACACUGCAAAACCCCCACCCCGGCCCCAGGCUGCUGGUGGGCAUGGACACCAUGCAGAAUGCAGUCUUGGACCAGUGGCACAGCCCGCAGUGGCUUGUGUCCCGCAACUCAGAGCUCAGGCAGUUGAGAAGAAGGUGGUUUCACAGGUUGAUCAGUGACCAGGAGCCCAUGCAAACAGCGGGAUUUAAAGCAACAAAGCACACUGUUGAACACAAAGGGACCUAUGUGGGAUGCUUCAGCGAUGAUUCAAGGGAGAGGACACUAAAGGGAGCUGUGUUUUAUGAUUUAAGAAAAAUGACAGUAUCCCACUGUCAGGAAGCUUGUGCUGAGAGGGCUUACACCUACGCGGGCCUGGCCUACGGAGCAGAGUGCUAUUGCGGGAACAGGCUCCCAGCCACGGCCUCGAAGCCCCAGGAGUGCAACAGCGAGUGCAAGGGGGAGAAGGGCUCCCUCUGUGGAGGGGUGAACCGGCUCUCUGUCUACAGGGUCGAGGAGCCACGGGCAGGAGCCAGACCAUGGAGGAAUGUUAUCUAUCGAGGAUGUUUUAGAGCUCCAGAAAAUUUAACAGACACCUUUCCAGCCUCUUUGAUACAGCCCAAUUUGACGGUGGAGAUGUGCUCUGAAUUUUGCUCCAAGAAAGAGUUUCCCUUGGCAGUCAUCCGAGGGUGGGAGUGCUACUGUGGGUACCCCACUGGGCGCUUCUCGCUGCGCAAGGGUGCAGACGGUCUGCUCUGCAGCGGGACGCGCAACGCCAGCAGUGAGCUCCACGGGAAGUACUGCCUGGUCUACCAGACACCUGUGCAAGACACCCGCUGCACAGACAGGAAAUUCUUAACCACGAAAUCCAAAGUGUUUGUUGCUCUGUCAAGCUUUCCUGGGGCUGGGAAUACAUGGGCUCGCCACUUGAUAGAGCAUGCCACAGGGUACUACACAGGAAGCUAUUACUUUGAUGGAGCCCUCUACAACAAAGGUUUUAAAGGAGAAAAAGACCACUGGAGAAGUAGAAGGACAAUCUGUGUGAAAACACAUGAAAGUGGCAAGACAGAGAUUGAGAUGUUUGACUCUGCCAUCCUGCUGAUCAGGAACCCGUACAAAUCGCUGAUGGCCGAGUUCAACAGGAAAUAUGCUGGGCACCUGGGGUACGCCACUGACCGCAACUGGAAGAGCAAAGAGUGGCCGGAUUUUGUGAACAGCUAUGCCUCGUGGUGGGCCUCCCAUAUCCUGGACUGGCUGAAGUAUGGAAAGCGCCUGCUUAUCAUCCACUAUGAGGACCUGAAGCAGAGCCUCAUCCCCAAGCUGAAGGAAAUGGUAGAGUUCCUGAAUGUGACAGUGUCAGAGGACCGACUGCUCUGCGUUGAGAACAACAGGGAUGGGAAUUUCAAGCGGUCUGGUGCUAAGCAAAAGGAUUUUGAGCCAUUCACCCAAGAAAUGAAAGAUCUUAUCAACAGAUAUAUUCUGACCGUGGAUGAAGCCCUAAGGGGAAGAAACUUCACAGGGUUGCCCAGAGAGUACAUGCCAAGAUGACAGCCUAGUAGCACUCAUCUGUGUUUAAAAAAUCAAUUUUUUAAUUAAAAAAUAUAACUAAAUAAAUUUAAAAAUAUAGACCAGA